AUGUGCAUUGCUGUUUUUCUAUGGCAAGCUCAUCCGCUCUACCCUCUGCUUGUCUUGCACAACAGAGAUGAGUACCACAACAGGCCUACAGCAGCAGUGGAGUGGUGGGGAGGGAGCUGCGAGGAAAUGGAGGUUCUUGGGGGAAGAGAUGGUGUGGCGGGAGGGACAUGGUUGGCUUGUUCAAGAGGAGGCAGAGUGGCAUUCCUCACCAAUGUUUUGGAGCUUCAUCCCUUCCGCAAUGCCAGACCUCGUGGAGAGCUCCCUGUUCUUUUCCUCCAGAGCUCCAAGAGUCCUAAGGAGUUUGCUGAAGGACUGGUGAAGGAGGCACACCACUACAACGGCUUCAACUUGAUUCUCUCGGACAUUCCGUCGAACACCAUGGUGUACAUCUCCAACCGGCCGAAAGGAGAAGCUGUCGUCUUCCAGGAUGUUUCCCCUGGUCUUCAUGUCCUCUCCAAUGGAAAGCUCAAUUGUGGCUGGCCCAAGUCUCAGAAGCUGAGAAGGGGUUUCAAAGAACAGCUAUUGAAGUAUGGUGACGGGGAAGUUCAUCUGAAAGAGAUAGCAAAAAAGUUAAUGACUGACACAGUUAAAGCUGACAAGAAGAAGCUGCCUGGCAUUUGUGCAGUGGAAUGGGAGCUGGCUUUAAGCUCCAUUUUUGUGGAAGUAGACACCCCACUGGGAUGGUGUGGCACCAGGAGCACUAUUGCUUUGACUGUGGGGAGAAAUGGGGAGGUUUGCUUUGAUGAGACCUACCUGGAAGAUGGAACAUGGAAGGAGAAAACUACUAAUUACCAGAUCAAGAACCUCAGACAGCUGAACAAAUUACUUUGCUAA